AUGAGAGAGUACAUUGAUGUUGCGCAAGAGUGCAAAAGAUAUCUGAAAACAGAUUAUACGGUAAUUUUGAUGAAAUAUCUUCCAAGGAGAUAUAGAGAGGACCAGAGCAAUUGGUUUGCCAAAAGAGGUCUGUCGUGGCACAUAGGGGUUGCUUUUAGAAGAAAGGAAACUAUAGAAAGUUUGGCUUUUGUUCACAUCUUCCGUGGUCAAAUUUCUCAAGACUCCAAUGCAACUAGUGCUGUUAUUCUUGAUAUAGUCAAAGAAAUCAAAGCAAGAAAUCAUAGUGUCAGCAAAGUUCAUUUAUGGUCUGACAAUGCAGGAUGCUACAAAAGUUCUGAAACAAUCACUGCUUUAUUCAGGAGUAGAGCCAUAGACACCUAUGACUUCUGUGAAGCCCAGAACGGAAAAGGGGCAUGUGACAGAACGGCUGCAACGAUCAAAUCCGGCAUCAGGAGAUAUGUGAACCAAGGGAAUGAUGUUUUGACUGCAGAGCAAAUGAAAACAGCUAUUGAGAACACUUCAAAAAAGGUUCAUUAUGUAGUAAAGGUUGUUGAGGUAGAUUCUGCUGCACCUGAUGUGAAAACCAAGAUUCAGAUUCCAUCAAUAUCAGCCAUGAAUAAUUUCAAGUUUGAGGAAAAUGGUAUCAGAGUUUGGAAACAUUACAAAAUUGGACCAGGCAAAUUCAUUCCUUAUUGUACAGAAGAAACAGUUGUGCCACCCUCACUUGAAGUGUUGGAAAAAGCAAGAGAUACUGUAGACUUCCAUGCACUUGUCCAAUCAUCUGUGCAAUCCGUAAAUCAACAGACUGAUGGAAUAUUUACUUGUUCGAAUGAUGGCUGCAUGUCUUCAUUCAAUUCUCACCAAGAACUGCAUAAUCAUGCCAUUUUGGAUGAGUGCAAUGUGCAAUCAGAGAAGAUAAAGAAAUCAGAUGUUUUAAAAACACAGUAUAUUAAAAAAUUGUCUGAGACACAGGUUACAUCCAAAGAAGUUACAUUAUCUGGUAACUGCUCCGAAAUAGAAAGUAGACAAACUCUCUCUCAAGGAUGGGGCAUUAAACUGGAAAGGAAAAACAGGAGAUUCACUGAAAACCAAAAGAGUUUUUUGAUUGAGAGGUUUAACAUUGGAAUUCAGACAGGACGUAAAGAAGAUCCUGAGAACGUAUCAUUGUUAAUGCGGAGCAUAAAGAAAUUUGAUGGCUCAAGGCGCUUUGUUUUAACAGAGUUCUUAAGCUCACAGCAGAUUGCUAGUUUUUUUUCUAGACAUUGUCGAAAAAAUGAGGCUUUAAGAGAACAGACCAUUUCUGACCUUGAGAAUACUUUACUCAGUUAGCCUGUACAUCAUUUUGCAUUUUAUGGUCAACUUAAUCAGUAUCCAUACCCCCCCCCCCCUCCCACAACUGCAAAGUUGGGAAGUGCAUAUAUCAAUUUUUGUCUUACUGUCUGUCCUAUACAAUUCUGUAUGACUGUAUCAGCAAGUUAUUUAUUAGAUAUAACUUUUGUGUUUUUGAAAAUGUAUUUUUAUGAACUUGUAUUGUUUUGAGCAUCAACCAAAUAAUGAAAAUUUGAAACUUGUACAUGUAGGCUUGACUUAAGGAGGAAUGCUACACAAGGAAAAUUUGUUAUGGAUGAAAAGUGGAGGAUAUGUACAUUGAAAACGUUCAAAUUUAGUUGUUUUAGUAAAUAAAAAUGUAGAUUCAAUAGAAAGCAAUUUGAACAAAAUUUAAAACCCCUGCUGGACUUGAACCCGUGAUCUACAGUUCUGCUGUCUACGUGCGAACUUACCUAUCUACUCAGCUAGGCAAUAACUUUUGAAAUUAUUAGACAAAUAUUGCUGAUAUUUAUAUUUUCAUCCAUGUUUUAAAAAAUAAGUCAACCAUAUUGAGUACCUCCUUAAAGUAUAAUGGAAGGAAGUUACUCAAAUUCAAGCUUUUGUACUUUGUAGAAUCAUACGUUUACUUAUCUAAAAAUGUCAAGAUAUGGAGGAUUGGGUAAAAAGAGAUUAACCCACUGUCUAAGAAAA